ACCGUCCAACUGACCAACGACCAACAGUAAAGAAUCUCGACUACCACCCAACAGACCUACCAUGAGCAGCAUGAAAUCCUCACAGAACAGUGAAACUCGCCCGAAACAUCCCGCGGUUCUUGCUCCGCCAGCUCCCGCUCCCAUCCCUCCCCCGGCCCCGAGACGUGCCCAGCAGGAAGCGCCCGCCACCCCCGGGGCGGAGGGGACCAAAAAGGUGGCCAGGGCGCCGUCCUUCACCCAGAGGAAGCGGCAGGAGAAGGCGGAUGACCAGCGCUGGAAGAAGCCAGACAUGAACCUGGUGCAGUACAUGUCGCAGCUGAAGCAGGAAUACAUGCUGAGACAGAACGAGCGCGACUCUAGGGUCAAGGACACAGAUGACCUUGAACUGCAGUUGGCACGUGCGAGAGAACAGGCUGAGAGUGAGGAGUUCAUGGAACUCGGAGGGUACACACAGCAAGACGUCAUGGUGGAGCAAACAGCCGAACCCCCCACGGAGAGUAGACCCAAGCACGUGACCAAGGAACCAGAGCAGAAUCUCAAGAGCCUGAUCCCCCUGCGAUCCCCACCAAAACAUCCGGUCACCGCAGGUCAAAGCAGGACAACUUACGGUAAUCUAAAUCGAGGCUUGAAAGGGAAACAGCCCACUUCGUCCAAUGAAAAUUCUCUCUCGAUUUUAAAAAUGUUAAAAAUGUCAGAAAAUAGUGAAAAACCGCCGAGCAAUCUGUACGUGACGUCCAGUGAGGAUUAUGUAGGUCAUGAGGAACAGCAGGUUCAAGCUGCAAAACGUCGGCUGAGCUUAAGCUCUUUCAGGUCAGAGAAUGCCACGCCCCAGGCUACAAGCAGAGCGGGGUCCCUGCGAAAUUUAGAAGAAUAUGGAGCUCACCAGUCAAGCGAGACGAAAAAACCCAAAGUUUCUUUUCUAUCCGGAUCUGAAGCGGCUCAGCAAAUGAAAUCCGCGGCUAGGAAUGCAAACACAGGUGUACACAAGCCUGAACCUGCGCAUAAUGAGAAGUGGAGCCGGGCUGAUGAUGUCAAGGAGGGUGCCGGUGAGACUAAAGAACACCCACAAACAGAUCCCGCCCCCAGAACAAGCGGGGCUGGAUCCCAGCUACAGAAAUCUAAACUUAGCCCACAACGAGGCGUGGAUGACAACAAACGUGAUCACAAAUUUUUUGGAGCGAGGUUUACGGCGCAGCGUAAACUGGCGUUUGAUGCACACUCCAACCCAGACGAUAAAAACGCGGGGAGGUCCAGGUGGGCGAGAUCGCCGGAGACACACUCGAGCAAAAAGGGAACCCCCGAGCAGGCCAGCAAAUUACAGAAAACCCCGUACGGAAAUACAGUCAUGAAGAUUCCUGGCAACAAGCAGACGUCUCCGAACACAGUACAAAAAACGUUGGAGCUCAACAAGUUAUUGCAGAGCGGGAAAUUUCUGGCGAAGAGCCAGCCCAAACCUCAAGCACAGCCUGCUUCUAAAGAAGUCAAACAAUCGCCCAGCUCCAAGCCCAGGAAGGAAGGCUCGCCCAAAUUGAACACGCAGAUUCGCAGCAUAGUACGGGCGCUCAAAGAACCGGAGCCGCCACCGACUCCUAAGCCACAGAAAAAGGCGACAUCUCCUACCAAAUAUGCUGCAAAGCCGGCUAAUGCCACUAAAACAAACACUCACCCGCUUAAUGAGCAGAAUUUAUUUUCUAAGGGAACUAAAAAAUUCCAGCAAGUACCUUCACGAAGUCCAUCUCUACCCAGAUCUACCUCACAGAGACCGUACCAGAAGAUUUUUUCCCGGCAAACAACCAGAACGAACUCGCCCGUCAGCAGAUCUCCGGUACAAACAGACGCCACGUGCUACAAGUCUGCGAAGAAGUCCAGUCAGCAAUCCCCUCCGUCCUUCUCCUUCCGGCAGUAUCGCAAAACGGAGGAACCUUCACCGCAGACGAGCCUCAAAUCCUCGCCUAAACCUUCGCCGGAACUCGACAAGAAACAGCUGAUGCCCUGGUUGUCGACCGACACAGACAAACCCAGCCGGUACCGCACCGACAAACGCGCCUCCACCCCCAGCAAAACUCCCAAAGAUUCGCCCAAGCCAGAGUUCGCCGAUAUCGGCUGUGUUCCUGUGAAGCUGGUCCCGCAUGACUUAUCUUUAUCCGCGACCGACGAGGCCAGCGAAAAGCUGCAGUACGUUCCGUUAAAUAUCUGGUCGAAAUCCUGCUCGGAUUCUCUGACGGAGGUUUCCUCUCACGAGCUACACAGAGCUCAACAAGAAGAUGUCCAUAGCGCGGAUGUUCUCAAAUGCGACCUCAAGCACCAUGUUUUCGUUGCUAGGAAACAUACGCAUAAACAAAGCAAAGCAGACCGAAACGUGGACCUGGUGGAUUCCUUGAUUGAUAUCAAGGACGCGAAGAAGUGCUCACCUGCGAAAUCACGCGCGGUCGUGGACAGAAGGCGGGAAUCGAAGGUGAAGGUCAGACGCCAUCACUCCCACCGGCGCGAAGGGAAGCACCGGCCCCGCCCGCACCACAAGGCAUACUGUCUCGUUGACUCGACCGAGAGGCGGAGGAAACGCGAGACAAAACACCGCCAUCUUGGUGGUCGACCCAAGCACGUGGUCCACCACAGCCGCCACAAGCGCUCACACCGCGGCAGACACGGUACUCACGGCAUCCACGGCGGUAAACCGUGCAACCGCUACCACUGCUGCUGCCACGACUCUAAGUCUCACAAAAAGAAAGAUAUCUCACACCGUGCUUCGAAAAGGAAAUCGACUGUAAAGAAACGUAUUCGAUGCCCCAGCUCGGACGAAUUCAAUACCUCAAGCACAUCGUACGACGAUACCGAUUACGAGUACAGCAUCGGAUCGUCUAUAUCGGAAUCGGAUUGUUCUUCCGAUGCAGACAGUAGCACGGAAUGCUUCGAAUCAUCAGCGUCGAGCCAAGGCGAGUACAAGAUGUCCAAGAAAUGCCUUGAGCCGCCUAAGGUCACGUGGAACAUGAGCGAGUCCAACGUGCUCGUUCACUCGUCCGAUCACACGUCUGCUAAAAACAAGACAGGGAAACAGGCGGGACUCCCCGGGUACCAGCGGAGCCAGACCAGCAGGGACUUCAACGAGAAGGACGACCAGGCUUCAAGACGGCAACCUACGGGGGACAGACGGAAGCGAGCCUGCCGGAUUCCCAGACCAAUGCGUACUUCCGCCUCCGCCUCCCCGCCCAAACCAGCCUCCGCGGACCAGCCGCCAGAGGGGAACCGGACCUUCACGCUGAAAACGAACUCGGCGAAGGAACAGGUCAUCAACAGCGGGGAGUUCAGUCCGGACCAGAAUGUCGAGGUCAUCGAGCAGGCGAUGAACGAAGUCCUGGCCAGACUGUACCGCUCCCAGCAGAAGAUCGUCCAGCGGGUCGUCCACAUCACAGCGGACGUCCAGGAGCUCAAUGCCAGGCAGGCCGCUAUAGCGUUACGUAACGCCCGCAAGCCUGUAUCCGUGGCCACCAUGGCUCCUGAGAUAGAACCCGUACGGGGGAAGUGGGAGGGCGACACGUUUGAUUACCUCAUGAUGUUGGGUUGUAUGGUGGCUCAGUUCAUCUUGCAGUACAUUCUGCUCAAAGCCUGAAUUCAUAUCGUCCU